GUUUCUCUGUGUAGCUUUGCACCUUUCCUGGAUCUUGCUCUGUAGACCAGGCUGGCCUCGAACUCACAAAGAUCCACCUGCCUCUACUUUCCGAAAGUUUAUUUUAAAAGCUAUCCUGUGUCACACACUGCCUGGAGGAAAUGGUUCAAAUUUCUUUUCUUUUUUUUUUUUUUAAUUUAUUUAUUUUAUGUGUGUGGGUGUUCUGCCUGCAUAUGUUUGUGCAGCACCAGUGUGCCUGGUGCCUGUGGAAGCCAGAAAAGGUGUUGGAUUCUCUGGAACUGGAGUUGCAGACAGUUGGGAGCUGCUCUGUGGAUGCUGGGAACUGAACUCAGGUCCUCUGGAUGAGCAGCAAGUGCUCUUAACCUCUGAGCCGUCUCUCCAGCCCAGGCUUAAAUAUCUUAUCCUAGCAGAUGCCACGAUGUGGCUUUCUUCGCUGCUUCUUCUCUUGCUCCAUUCCCUAAGCACUGUUCAUAUCGCUCUAACACGUGCUUAGGUGUUCAGCCCUUCCGGGCUCACCUGCUAAGCUGCCUCUGUGAGCCUUUCUCUUUUUGGCUCUAUGUAGCCAAUACAAAAAGUCUACCACAGAAAGUUUUUGUUUACACUCCUGUUACGUUUCCCCAACUCCUAGAUCAGGCUGUGAGUGCGACAGCUGGGCCUCGUCGUCACCACGACUGUAACUUGGACGCCGGGUCACAGAGCUGCUCUGUCAUCAAUCACAGUCGGGAAAAAAAGGCAGAGGCGCAGACACAACCCCUCCAGCCCUGCAGGCGGCGCUGUGGCAGCCGCCAUCCUCUCCCCGCUCCCGACUUCUCUAAGCGGAGGCACCGCCCCCUGGGAGCAUGCCUCCUGCCCAUUGGACCGGCGCGGCCGAGGCCGACCAAUGGCGUGGACGCUAGUGGCCUCCAUCUUUGUGCCGCCGGAGCCCCGCGCCGAGGGCGGUUGCAGGAGGAGGUCGCUGCCGGUGGGCUGCGCUGGGUUUUCCUCCGUGGCCUCGUCUCUCGCUGCCCGAAGCCGCGAUGCCUCAGUUCCAGACCUGGGAGGAGUUCAGCCGCGCGGCCGAGAAGCUCUACCUCGCCGAUCCCAUGAAGUGUUUGGUGUACAGAACAGACCAAGCUCAAGAUGUAAAGAAGAUUGAGAAAUUCCACAGUCAGCUAAUGAGACUUAUGGUGGCCAAGGAAUCCCGCAGCGUCUCCAUGGAAAC